AUGAGUGAGGAGCUACCCAAAGAGCAAGUGGCUGAGCUGCACGAGGCCUUCGACAGGUGUGACACAGACAAGGAUGGCAAGAUCAGCCUGCAGGAGCUGGAUGCUGUCAUGAAGGCGCUGGGCAAGAAGCUGUCGGAGGAAGAGCUGAAGAUGCUCAUUGCCAGGGUGGACAAGGACGGCGAUGGAUAUAUCAGCUUCCCCGAGUUCCUGGAAGUCGUGACCAAGAAGAUGAAGGGCGGCAGUGAGGCUGAGAUGCUGCAGGUCUUCCAGGCCUUCGACUCCAACAAUGAUGGCCACAUCAGUGUGGACGAGCUCAAGCAGGGCAUGGCCAAGCUGGGCUCACCGCUGGCACCCCAGGAAGUGGAGCUCAUGAUUCGUGAGGCCGACCUGGACAAGGACGGUCAGGUCAGCUAUGAGGAGUUUAUGAAGGUCCUGUCGCAGAAGUGA